AUGUCUCCAUCGGGUCCUCACUGGACAAUCGCUGACAACGUGGAGGUGGCUCUGCAGCUCUGUGGCUCUCCUUUCACUGUGGGUUUGGAGGAUGAGGACUUUGUAUCUCCUCCCACAGUGGACACCCUCCAGCCUUCCAUGGCUCCUUCCUCUAAGCCUUCCAUGACUCCUCCUUCCAAGCCUUCCACGACUCCUCCUUCCAAGCUGCCACGGUGCAAAGUGCGUGGCCGUCGUUCUGAUAUGACUAAACAGCAGCAGUUUGUCUUAAUUGAAACAGUUAGCAAGGUUUCUGAAAUGUCUAUUCCUGCUGAAAUUGGAGGGCCUGAUAAAGAGGGAAAAUCUCUAGCUGACGUCCCAAGCAUGGUUUCCCCUGCACCCACUCUUAAUACUGAGCUUGUUGAUGCUAUUACCUCUCUUGUCCAGAAGUGUAAUGCUGUUUCACCUGCUGAGGGGUCCAGCUAUAGAAAGCUACGUACCUUCUCCGGGUUGACACCCACACCCAACGGUGAGGAUGAGUAUGAGGUUUGGGCUGAACAGACUACACACAUUCUUGAAGAGUGGCAGUGUCCUGAUAACGUUAAGAAACAAAGACUUGUUGAAUGUCUUAGGGGUCCGGCAGCAGACAUUGUUAGAUUUGAAAAAACUGGGAAUCCACUAGCAACUUCCAGUGAUUAUCUCAGUGCACUUGAGUCAGCAUUUGGCACCACAGAAAAUGCUGCUGAUCUGAUGUUAAAGUUUCGGAGUACUUUUCAGAAUGUGGGAGAAAAGCUCUCAACAUACAUACUGAGACUAGACAAGUUGUUACACAGUAUUUUGCACAAAAGAGGCAUUGAUCUCUCUGAAAUGAACCAGUUUCGUAUGCAGCAGAUAAUCAGAGGAGCCCUUCCUAGUGACAUGGUAGCUCUUCGCUUGAGGAUGACACACAAAUUGUGUGACCCACCAUCCUUCAAUGAACUUUUGAAAGAGGUUAGGGAAGAAGAGAACAUGAUGCACAGUCGAAACUCAGUCCAGCCUAGGGUAGCUGUGUCUGCUGUGUCUUCCACAAAGAGCGAGGCAUCUGUUAAAACUAAUCCUGCUGAUUCAGAAAUUGAGAAAUUGAAAAAAGAGAUUAGAGGGUUGAAGAGUGAGGUGUCACGCUUAUCAAUUGCAGCAAGUGAAACUGUGACUCAGGACAUUCCUGCAAUGCAUAGCCUAACUACAUCUACAGAGAGGAGAACACCAAACAGAGCACAUGUGGGUAACUCAAACAUCUUCUGCUAUAAGUGUGGUGAAGAUGGGCACUUACAACGUGACUGUGUUAAUGAGGAAAAUUUGAGGAAAGUAAAUCAGCGACUCAUCAGAUUGAAACGGCCGACGGGAAACUUCCCCGGGGCUCAGUAG